UAACUUGGGACAAAAUGAUCCUUGACUGAAAUAUCAAAGUAUAUUCUUCAUUUAAACUCCCUGCAAAAUUCCUGUAAGUUCCUAAGAAAAUCCAUACGUUUAUAUUAUCUUUCCGUCUUUUUUUACAGGAAUUUAUUUCAUAUUGUAAUAAGCGCAUAUCUCGACUAAGGGUGAAAAAACAACAACAACAACAUUUUUUGCAAUACGUGCAUAAGCAAUUAAACUCGGAAAGAAAAGAUGAAGCGACGUCACCUUGUAAUGCUGUAUAGGCCAGUGGGAAUCCAUACAAACGUUGUGACGUCACCGGUUACAACAAGUCGUGUCUACUAGAGCAAAGAGCAAAGUGUCGAGAAACAAAAACUUCUGGCAAAGUAUGGAUACUGGAAUGGAGUGGGAGCUAAUCUACGCUGAGGAAGUCCAAGAAUACGUCUCUGAAAAUGGGUUAUCGAAUAUUGAACAGUUUUUCAAGGAGAAACUGGAGGGCUGGCAAGACGUUGAAGUGAACAUCGGUGUCACGGGAGAUUCCGGAACUGGCAAAUCCAGCUUUAUAAAUGCUAUAAGAGAACUCGAUGAUGAUGACGAACAAGCCGCCAAGGUGGGCGUUACGGAAACAACCAUGGAACCAAAAUGCUAUGACCACCCUAGCAACCCAAAGAUCAAGUUUUAUGAUUUGCCAGGAAUUGGCACGCCAAAUUUCCCCGACUUGGACUCGUACUGUCGAGAGACCAACCUGGAGCAGUACCACACCUUUCUUAUUUUCACUUCUACCAGAUUUACCAAAAACGACCUCAUCCUGGCCCAGAAAAUCCGUUCGUUGAAGAAGAAGUUUUUCUUCGUUCGCACUAAAAUUGAUGACAAUGUGCGAGCGGAAAGGCGCAAAAAAUCAUUCAACGAGAGAGCAAUGUUGGAAAAAAUCCGCAGCGACUGUGCGGAGAAUUUGUCCGACUUACUGGAGAAAAGGCAAGAUGUCUUCUUGAUCAGCAACCACGACCCUUCGAAGUGGGACUUCGAUCGUUUAACUAACGCCAUCCUGGAUGUUCUUCCGACGCGCCAAAAAGAGGCCAUGUCCCUGACCCUUGGAGUCCUGACAACAUUGUCGAAGGACCUUCUUAAGAGAAAAGUCAAGGUACUUCAGGGGCGCAUGUGGAUGAUUGCAGGAGCAUCGGCGGCUGGAGCUAUUGUUCCGAUCCCGGGUCUUUCAAUUGCUUUAGAUCUUGGGUUGAUACUUAACGAAGUGAAGUUCUAUAAGUCACAGUUAGGAAUCCCGGACGAGGGGUCGGAAAGAUUUCAAACCCUGCACGCGGAUACUCAAGAUCAGAUCAAACGUAUUUGUAUUGACGGGGUGGCCAUUCGCUCCCUUAUGAGUACGUUUGCGACUGAAUCAGCAGUGGAGGAAGUGGCAAGGUUCAUUCCUUUCAUAGGUUCAGUGAUCGCUGGAAGCCUGUCAUUCGCUGGAACAUACUACGUAUUGGGGCAGUGCCUGGAAAAAAUCGAGGCUCUUGCCAUUAAGGUGCUGGAAGAAGCUGCCCAGUCAUCGGUAGAUGACCUUGACAUCGAUUAAAACAGGAACUAUAGCUGCUAAUUUCAUAAAGACGAUUUUGUGUUCCUAAACUCUUAAUCUACGACAUGAUUAUGUAAGUGCACAGCUAAACUGAUGAAACUAAAUUACUUGAUUAUCCUUAGAAUUGUCAGAAGGACUGUUCCGUCCAGUUCCUGUUAACCUGUGCAAUUUUGAGUCGUCUAGCAACUUUUUUUGUUUCGUGUAGCGUUGCACGUAGAACUCAAGUUGCAUUGCAUUGCUUUUCUAUCAAAGUCAUAGUUAUUAACUACGAUAAGAAUUAAUAAUAAUUAAGAAGGUUCUGGUCAA